AUCGAGGAAGACGUUAGUUUCGAGGCAUUGAUUACCAAUCGUCAACUGUUACGAGGCGUUUUAGAAGCCGGAUAUGAAAGUCCUUCGCCUAUACAACUAAAGGCAAUUCCACCAGGUAAGCUGGGCCUCGACGUUAUAGCGCAGGCCAAGUCUGGAACGGGCAAGACCAUUGCAUUCGGUAUAGUGGCUUUAGAAAUGAUUGAUCUGAAUGAUCCUCUACCUCAGGUGCUUAUAAUUGCUCCAACAAGAGAAAUUGCCGUACAGACCCAGGAUGUCAUUUUAUCUAUCGGACGAUUUAUGAAAAAGCUCAAGUGUCAUGUAUUCAUUGGUGGAUUUUCGGUCGAGGAUGAUUGGAAAAAGUUGGAGAGAUGCCAAAUUGUUGUCGGAACACCCGGCCGUCUGGAAUUUCUGCUGAGUCAAAAAAAAAUGCCAAUAAAGAGUCUGAGACUGGUUGUAUUAGAUGAAAUUGAUAAACUGUUGGAUCAUAACUUUAGACCUGUGAUAAGGAAAAUAUUCACAAAGCUUCCGUCCAAGAAACAAGUAAUGGUAUUCUCUGCAACGUACGAAGAGCAUUUAUUAAAACAGCUCCACAAUUAUACGUACGAACCACACCACGUCAUGCUUGCAGUGAACACACCGUCGCUUGAAGGUGUCACACAAUACUACCAAGUAGUGUCGCCGCCUUCAGAUGACAACUGGGUUGGAAAAUACAAAUUUUAUGAAGAAAAGUUUAAGAAGCUCGCCGAUUUAUUGUCGCAGGUUCCAUUCUACCAGUGUAUAGUAUUCAUCAACCAUCGCGGAAGAGCUGCAGACUUGGCAAACUAUUUGACAAAGAAUGGUUGGACGGCAAUGAAUAUAUCAGGCGGUCUUGAUCAGAAGGCAAGGUUGAAAACAAUGUCCAAAGCACGCAAUUUUCAAUUGCGUGUUCUUGUCUGUAGUGACCUGAUUGCAAGAGGAAUAGACAUAGAGAGAGUGAAUCUGGUUGUCAACAUAGACAUGCCAAAAGACCCAGAGACUUACUUGCACCGGGUGGGCAGAACUGGUCGAUACGGUACCUAUGGACUGGCCAUCAGUUUUGUAGACAGCGACGAAAUGGAGUUUCUCGAAC